CCAUCGGCCACGCACGCCAGCGUUACUGCCCCGGCGCGCCCAUCGAAACGCUCACUCCGCUCACAUCACACCGAACAGACCCAGAGCACCCGAGGAUUCGGUUCCCCUCCCCUCCCCUCCCCCACUAGAAGAAAGGAAGGAAGAAAGAAUACCGGGCGCGGGCGGGGCCAUCUGGCGUGAGAAAAACUAACGCGCACAGGUUCGCGGUCUCUCUCGGGUCUCGGUGGUGCCCCUCUCGCUCUCCCUCGCUUUCUCCUCCUCCUCCUCUUCUCCUCCUCGUGAUCCUCCCCAUUCUUCAGCUCCAGAUAAGCGCCGGUGACCUGGGGCUAAGCAAAUUAAACUAGCGCCUUUGUCUGCCCGUCCGCCGUCCCUUCGACGCAUUCGGAGGCUCAUCGGCACCAGCUCCCAUCCACUUGCGGCACUUCCUGCUUCCCCGGCCGCCCCUACAGCUCGCCGCCGGCGUGAGGAGUCAGUCGCCGACAGGCCCCACGGGCAGAGGGCGCGCGCGGAAAAAGAGCAGGGCAAGUGGGCGCUUUUGCGGGGUUCUCUGGAACACUCCCCGCCGCAAACUCCAAGCUGGUCAGAAGUUCUUCCUUCCCACCUCCAGCCCUGAUCCCUAUCCUCCUCUCGCGACGACAAAAGAGGUUAGGCUCGUGAGGUCACGUCUGGAAAGCGAGUUGGAAAAGCCGGGUGCUAGCACGCAUCGCCGUCGAUCAACGAACGGCCUAGAAGAGGAAUGGGGCUGUCUCCACGAGUGAAGCCAUGAGUUGGCUUCCUCAGUUUGGGCUUUUGCAUCCUGAUGCUUCAGCAGAAUUCAGGUCUUGCAAUGCUAUCUUAGGAUCGGAUGAAAACGUGUUUUAAAAAUGCAGUCAUCUAUGAUGGCAUUCUUCCCUAACAUUGCUGCAGCAAAGCUGGAGCUGCAUUCCCUGUACAGGAAAUAUGUGGAUAUGUUUGGUACAUCAUCAAACAAUUCUACGGUUGGCAGCCACAUCACCCGUAAGAUGACGCACCUUCCUGUUCAGCUGAUAGACCGUACCUUUUUCAGUACUGGUACCGCAAUUCGGAGUAUUGCCGUCAGCUAUGGAGCUCUUGUUCUCAGGUGGUUACUAAGCAAAACUUCAGUUGUACAGCGCACAUUGCUUUCCCGUGCCAUAAGGUCACUAUAUUGUUGGUGCGACUCCUUGCCAUUCUUGGUCGGCGUUGAUGUUCUGAUGGCCAGGCUCUGUGAUUGCACUAUGAUCCACAACCAUCUUUAUGGGCAGAAAUUCAUCCUUGGACAUAAUCCUAACUUCCAGGGUGAAUCAGCAAUGGGUAUGGAGAAUAAUGAAUUGUGCAAUGAGCAGCCAUUCUUGUCGAGUUUGUUUGGAAACAAGAGAGACUAUGUCCGCCUAGCGCUUCAAUGCAUAUGCUACCCUGCCAGUCUGAAGGUUGUUGAUGUAACAAAAAAGAAGCUUAGCUUUAACAGGCAGCGCAUACAGAGUGGUUACGAUGCAAGCACGUUUUGGAGAAUCAUGGCGAGGAAUGAGCAUUACCUGGCAUGCAUGAUGGUGCUGGUGGCCUUGCAACUCUUCCUGCAGCUAACCAGAGUGAAUGUUACCACUCUGUUCUUGCCGAUGCUGUCCCGAGCCACAAGUUCCAGGAGCAGCCGAGCGGUGAUUGGUAACAUUGUGCUGGUUUUGGUGAACUCCUGUGGCGUUCUUGGAUCUGCCCUUGCAACAAAACAUUAUGGCAGGGAGGUGACGUUCACCAUGGGUGCUGUUCUGAUGGUAUUUUGCCAGGUGGCAAUCCCAUUGAUCCUGGAGGUUCAGAUCGGAGUUGGCGGUGGAAUACGCAUGCCGAUGGGUUGCACGACUGCCAUGUUCGCACUGACUUGUGUUGUCUCCUGCGGCCUCAGCUGGUCGUGGGGUUCAUUCUUCUGGACCAUCCCUGGUAGGAAGUUUCACUCGGCUGGACAGGUUUUGACCAUGAUUCUGAACUUCGGCGUCUGCUUUGCCCAGAUGCAGUACUUCCUGCUGAUGCUGUGCAGGCAGAAGAACGCCAUCCUUGUGUACUAUGCAAUGUGGAUCUGGUCGUGAAAUAAUGAUUGAAGUUAAGCUUAGAAAGAUGGCUAGAUGAGUGUGUUAGCUCAGGUUAUCUGAGAAGGUCGUAGUUUGGUGGAUGUAAAUAUGAUGUUGUUGCUUCAUUUUCUUGAUCUGCCUUGUGCAGUUUCCUCGUUGUUUUGGUGCUAUUUCUGUCGGAUUCGCGCGGAUUGCAACUGCA